AUGGAGAAUUUUAACGAUGAUUUAUAUCCAUUAGCUUUAUUAAUGGAUGAAUUGAAGCAUGACGAUGUGAGUAAUCGAGUGGAAGCAAUGCAAAAAGUUGAUGCCAUCGCCAUGGCUUUAGGUCCAGAAAGAACCAUCAAUGAAUUAUUACCAUUCUUGAACGAUGUUGCUCAAGAUGAUGAAGAAGAAGUCUUUGCAGUAUUAGCUGAUAAGUUGGGAGAUUUCUUACCAUUGAUUGGUGGACAUGAAAAUUGUCAACCUUUAAUUCAAAUUUUAUUACAUUUAUUGCCCAUUGAAGAACCAAUCGUUAGAGAUAAAGCCAUUAAUUCGGUUAAUAAACUCACUGAACAAUUAACUGAUGAUGAAUUAAAUAAGAUCAUUUUACCAAUUAUCAAAGAUUUAUCUCAAGGAAACUGGUUUUCUAAAAGAAUCGCCAGUUGUGGAUUAUAUAAGGGAGUUAUUGUUAGAGUCAAUGCUCAAACUAGAUUACAUUUAUUAAACUUAUACCUUAAUUUAAUCGUUGAUGAAGGUCCAAUGGUUAGAAGAGGUGCUGCCACCAAUUUACCUGUCGUCAUUAAUAAAUUGACCGAAUUCACUUCAACUGUAGAUAAAACUGAUGUUAAUCAAAUUUCAAAUAAAGAUUGGGAAAUCAUCAGUCAAAUGUUCCAAAGCUUAAUCAAUGAUGAACAAGAUUCAGUUAAAUUCUUGAGUAUUGAUGUUUUAAUUUCUAUCUUAGAAUAUUUCCAAAAAAUCAAUGACAAAAGUUAUAAUUCUGAUUUCUUGAUUAAUUCAUUAAAAUUAAUUGAAGAUGAUAGUUGGAGAGUCAGAUAUACUGCAGCUGAUAGAUUUAAUAAGAUUUCUAAGAAUUUUAUCGAUGAAGAACAAGAUUUAAGUAAAUUAAUCGAUCCAUUCAUUUCAUUGAUGAAAGAUAAUGAAGGAGAAGUAAGAAAAGCUAUUGCUAAGCAAUUACCAGAUUUCUGUAAAAUGUUAAAUAAUUUCAGUAGUUUAAAACCAUCUAUUGUUAACAAAAUUUUACCAAUUGUUAAUGAAUUAAGUCAAGAUCCUCAUGAAAAUGUUAGAAGUUCAUUAGCUAUCAAUAUCACUGAAUUAUCAUCAAUUUUAACCAAACAACAAACUAUUGAUAAAUUAUUACCAAUCUUUUUAAAUAUGUUAAAAGAUGAAUUUCCUGAUGUUAGAUUAAACAUUAUUUCUAACUUAUCAAUUGUCAAUGAAACUAUUGGUAUCAAUUCAUUAUCAACAAAUUUAUUACCUGCCAUAACUGAAUUGGCUCAAGAUUCUAAAUGGAGAGUUAGAUUAGCAAUUAUUGAAUAUAUUCCAAAAUUAGCUGAUCAAUUAGGUGAAGAUUUUUUCAAUAAAGAAUUAUUAACAUUAUGCUUAAGUUGGUUAUGGGAUCCAGUUUAUGCUAUAAGAGAAGCAUCAGUUAAAAACUUAAAAAAGAUUUCAGAAAUUUUAGGUUCAGAUUGGGCAGAAAAAUUUAUCAUUGAUAAAUUGAUUUUAAUUAAAAAUUCUUCAACUUUGAAAAAUACUAAUAAAAAUAAUGAUAAUAAUGCUGAUGAUACAAUUCAUGAAGAUAAUGAUGAUGAAAAUAUUGAUUUUGCAAGUUUUAUUAUAAGAAUAACUUGUUUAUUUACUAUUAAUGAAUUAAUCCCUGUUUUAAAUACUAAAACUAUAACUGAAAAGGUAUUACCUUUCAUAGAUGAUUUAACAAAAGAUCCUGUUCCAAAUAUUAGAUUCAAUACUGCUAAUUCUUUCAAGAUUAUUGCCAAAACUUUGAUCAGUCACAAUGAAAAAGAUUUAAUUAAUGACAUUUUAAGUAAAUUAAAUAGUUUGGCUGAUGAUGAUGAUGUUGAUGUUAGAUAUUUUGCUUUAAAGGCUGUUGAAGAAAUCAAUCAAUAA